UAAAAAAGAAAUACAUUUUAAAAUAAUAUUAAAUAUUAAACCCUCAUUUUUGUAAUUGCUUUCCGGGGUCUUUUAACUUGUCGUCUGUUUUCCCAGCAUCCCCUGCUCAGCGUUUGCCGCGGCGCAACACUUUAAACACUCCACCGCGUUUGAUCUUUCGCUGUUUCUGUUUGAUAUUUGUACAUUUUAAACUAUGAGGUCUUGACGUCACUUCGACGUUGAAGCGUGCGUGCUGAUUGGCUGUCCCGGGUGUCUGCCCACAUUAGUAGGCGUCCUCUUGUUCAGUGUCUGAUAUGAUGAUCAGACAUGCUCAGCGGCACGUGGGUCCGAUCGCUGAUCUGUUUUUCCAUCCAGGUGCAGAGGGAGAAGAAGAAAUGACGAUCCAGUGCUUUUGUUCUAGAGCUUUUGUCACGGAUCGAAAGCUGUACAGAUCGGAUCCGAGGUCUCUGCGAGAUCAGACCCACGAUCAGACACCAGUCUGUCAGGAGGAGGAUGAAGACCAGCAUCCCAGCGCCUCUGAGGAGGAGGAGGAGGAGGAGGACACAGAGCUGGAUGAAGAAACCCUGCUGAUGGUCACGCUGGGGCUUCCUGUGGCGUUCUCCAGCUCCUCACUGCAGAGCAGAGCUAGCAAGAACGGAUACAGAGUGAAGAAGAAUAAGAAGAAGGACGCUAAUUAUUCUAAAACCUCACAGCUGGAGCUGGUGAUGGGAGACGAGGAGGCCGAAGAUGAGGAAGAGGAGGACAAGCAAAGCAAGGAGAGGCACAAGGAGGAAGAGCGGGAGGAGGAGGAGGUGAAGGCUGUUGUGGACGAGACUUGCAGAGAGCCGGAGUCUCAUGCUGAUCAUGCCUGGCUGGAGUACUGGAAUCUGCAUGGAGAAAGCCUCCUGUGGACGAGCUGGGUGGAGAAACACGCUGAGUUCUCCAACGCAUCUCCUGCGGCUCCGUGGGCGUGUCCCGAAUGGAAGGAAAAGUGGGAGGAGCAUGCUAAUCAGACGUAUGGAUAUUACUGGGAGCAGUUUAGCUACUGGUCUUCUCAGGGCUGGACUACAGACGAGACGGUUAGCGCAGAUGCUGCUCGAGACGAGGAACACCAUGAGGAGGAGCAACACGAGUCUUCCUCUUGCUGUGAUCAGAUAUCGGGAGAAGCGGAGAAGUUUCCAGAAGAAAACUCUGACGUCAUCACAGAGCUCGUUAACAGUUUAAGUUUAGAGAAUCACAAGCGGGGUGAUAUUAAUAAAACUUUACACUGUAGUUAUGCUGAUGAGCCUCACGAUGGAGGAGACCGGAAAAGACCGGCUGCAUCGGGCCGCACCGACACGCAGGGAAGCGAUAAGAACCCGAGGUCGAGUACUUCAGUCGGGUCAGACAGAGGGAGCCAGGCAGUGAGGAGCGCCUCCGAUGAAGAUGAUGGUGAUGAAGACGAGCCGCCAGAACGGAAAGCCAAGAUGAAAAGAAGUCAUGAGCUAGACGUGGAAGAACUCGCUCAGAUGCCUCCUGACGAAGCGUGGGAGCGUCUGGGUCUCAAACGUGACCCUCAACACAAGUUUGUGAGUGUUUUAAAGUUCAGGAGAACUGGAGAGGGAACUGAGAAGAAAGCCAAGGGGAGACAGAAAGCCACGGGGAAACUCAACAAGCACGUGUUCUUUAACGAGGACGGAGAGACUGCGGAGCCCAAGAUCAACAAAACGCUUCAGAAAGUGCAGAAUUUCCUCCAGAAGAUCCAAACCGAGAAGACCGCGGGAUCAGAAGACGGACUCCAGACGGAUCUACAGGAGUGUAGUGAGGACAUCAGCGAGACUACGCAGCCUAAAGAGCACGCAGAACCCGAAGAACACCGGGACAUCAAGCGGCUGGAACCAGAACCGCCGAACGAACCUGAGCAGGAAGCAGAUGAUCCCUCUGACUGUAAGGAACACGGGAGGGAGAUUGUGACUCUGGACAUCCCUGACUUUCUGCUUCCUGAUGCUCCGGACAAUGAAAGCGGAGUUUUGAAGAAGAAAAAAAAGAAGAAGAAAGCCAGAAGGUGGAGGAGGAGGGGGGACGUGGACGUGGACGUGCCUCCCGAGAUCGCAGCCGAGCCGGAGUUGGCGAAGUACUGGGCUCAGCGUUAUCGCCUGUUCUCCCGAUUCGACAAGGGCGUUAAACUGGAUCACGAGGGCUGGUUCUCGGUCACGCCUGAGAAGAUCGCCGAGCACAUUGCACAGAGGGCGCAGGUCGCGUCCCAGAGGCUGGUCAUCGUCGAUGCCUUCUGCGGUGUGGGAGGAAAUGCGAUCCAGUUCGCUCUGGCUGGAAACGCAGUGAUCGCCAUCGAUAUCGACCCGGUGCGACUAGCGCUGGCACAGAACAACGCUGCAGUGUACGGAGUCAGCCAAUGGAUCGACUUCAUCCAGGCGGAUUUCCUGCAGGUGGCGCCGCGGCUCCGGGCCGACGUGGUCUUCCUCAGCCCGCCGUGGGGGGGACCGGAGUACCUCAGCGCCAACGUCUUCAACAUCAAGACCAUGAUGAGCCCUGAUGGCUUUGAAAUCUUCCGGCUGGCCAGAAUGAUUUCGGAGAACAUCGUGUACUUUCUUCCAAGGAACGCUGACAUGGAGCAGAUCGCGUCUCUGGCCGGCCCGGGUGGAAAAGUGGAAGUGGAGCAGAACUUCCUGAAUAACAAAUUGAAAACCAUAACUGCAUAUUUCGGCGAUUUAAUCAAGUCCGAGUCAUAGUUUAACUUUUUAAUGUUUUUCAAAUCUGAUUUCUGUGAUGUAAUCUCGCGAAUGAUAAGAUAUAUAUAUUGUAUAUAGUCUUUAUUUAUUAAUUAAUACAUUUUACCUAAUUGCUGUUUUAGGUGUUUACAUGUGAUACCCAGUGUCUUUCUAUAGCUGUAUGUUUUUGUUUUGUUUUUUUCUAUUAAAGGUCGUUA